CAGCUGGCAAAAGGAGCGCAAGAGGUCCUCUCUCUCUCUCUCUCUCUCCUCGGCCUCAUUCAUUCAAGUCACAUCCAGGCGACCUGCUGCCGCUGUGGGGAGGGAGCUGGCCACUGCUUCCCAGUCGGCAGUGGGGGAGCGAGGAGGGCGCCCCUUUGCUGGCUCCCUGCAGUUCCCUUCUGGAGCAGCCCUGGAAAGGACCGAUCAAGCAGCCCGAAGGAGCAGCGCCUUGGGUGUGUGGCUGGCAAGUGGCCUCCCCUCCGUCUUGCAUGGUCUCAUGGCAAUUUAGCUCUCAUCUGAAGUUUUGAUCCAGUCUCGGGAUGACGUCCAUGUUUGGCAAGCCUCGGACUCCCUCCUGUACUAAUGAGCGCCAUUUCCACAGCCUUCCAGAAUGCAACUUGGCCAUCUUAGGAUGUCAAGGAUCGGGGAAAUCAGCACUGACAGUGAAGUUUCUAACUAAGAGGUUCAUAAGUGAAUAUGAUCCUAAUCUAGAAGAUACGUAUGCUUCGGAAGAGGUGGUAGACCAGCAACCGGUUCUGCUGAAGGUGAUGGAUACGGCUGACCAGGAUGCACCGGUCAGCUGCGAGCGGUAUCUGGAUUGGGCCCAUGCAUUCAUUGUGGUCUACAGUAUUGAUAACCGGAAAAGCUUUGAGGGAUGCCAGCCAUACCUGGAUAUCAUUGCCCUCCAUCUGAAGAAUGCACAGCACGAAUCACCGGUUCUCCUGGUGGGGAACAAGUUGGACAUGGAACAAUACAGGCAGGUCACCAAAGCUGAGGGGCUGUCUCUCGCCACCAAGUAUGGCUUCUUGUUCUAUGAAGUUUCAGCUUGCCUGGACUUUGAAUCGGUGCAGCACAUUUUCCAUGAGGUGGUGCGGGAGGUGAGGCGAGAGAUGGAGAGGCACACGGUGGUCCGGCCCUUGUUCAUCCUUGAGGAGAAGCCCUCCCUCCAUCUUGUCCCUCCGGCCACGGUCGCCUCCAAGCACGGCUGCACCUAUAACACCCUGGCCACCGUGAACUACAAAGAAAUCCCUCCCAUAGCCCAAGCCAAGGUGGUCACCGUGAAAUCUUCACGGGCUCAGAGUAAGAGGAAAGCGCCAACGCUGACUUUGCUGAAGGGCUUUAAGAUCUUUUAAGGGGGAAAGAGGCUGCCACCGGCGGGCGUUCUGAGAGAAACACCGUGGACUGCAACGAAACUCCAUGGGCUCCGGAGAAACCGUGCUGAGAGAAACUCUCUGGACAAACCAGGCAGGAAAGGGGAGGAUCCGGGGAUGUUCUAGGUCUAAACCACCCAACUGCCCGUUUGCUUGUACCUUCCCUGGUUGGGGUAUGUCCACCAUUUUGUUCCUGUGGUUAAACAACGUCUGUAUGUUGUCCCAGUGAGGCAAAACCCCACACAGCUGUCGUUCUUUGUGGGACACACGUCACGGUCCCCACACACCCCUCAUAUGCUCAGCUGUUGUGCAGGACCUUGGCAAAUGUCUCCUUGGGUACAGGAAGGUUUGGAUAUGGACAUGGAGCAGCCAGAUAGAGUUCAGACCAAAAGAUGUCAGACCAAAAACCGGGAGCUUCCUCCCCCUCGUUUUGGAAAGGGCAGAAGUUCAAGGGGGACGAUUACAGUUCCACAGUGAUCAUCACACAGCAUCAUGUCCUUGUCAACAGGCUCCUGUACGGGGCAGGACCAAGACCAGAAGGUGCUUCUCUGACCUCUCCCCCCCCCCCCCCGUCGUCUCCCAUCCACGUUUACUCGAAAAGAAGCCCUGAAAUUGUCAACGCAAUGGGACAGACUCUCCCUGGAAGUGUGUGAUUUCUUUCUGCUGCUGUUGUGAAUCUACAGCAGACUGGUGUCAAUCAUGCACGUGCACACACACACACACACACCCAGCCUGGUUUCGCUUCCUAGUUUCCAGCAAAAAUGAGCCCCCGCUCUUGUUUUUCCUCACGACUCCCUUUUUUUUUUGUUUGCUUCCUCUGUGAAAGAAACUGCUAAAGUUGGCACAGUUUAAUGCCAUUCGUGUUGAAUUUUGCACAGCAAGGAUGCCAUUAGUACCCGGAAAUUCUAAUCAUCCCACACAGCCUGGCGUUGCCUUUGUAUUUAUUUAUUUUUUUCUGGUGAAUCAUGCACAGGAAAAAAAAUGACUUUCUGUGCAGGAAUC